AGUAAGUAUGCAGCAAAAACAUUGACAGACGAGUCACGCAGGGUGGUGGCAGUGACAGGCGAAGCUAAUCCUGAUGUCACUGAGGCUACAGUUACUAUGCGGCAAAAUUCAGAGCUGAGGCUGAAGCAAGAUCCAGUCUUCACACCUGGAAACCAGUACGUAGUCAUAUCAGGAGCUGCAUGGAGUGCUAUGGCUGCAGACUUGGGUUGGAUGUCAGGCCACACUUCCUCCUUAGACAUAACCAUUAUCUCCAUCUUCUUCCUUGUUGUCUACAUCACACUCUACACGCUCUGCACCACCUGUUAUAGUGGGACUCCAGAGUGUCCAGAGGAGAAAGAAUUACCCUCAUCUCUCUCACUGAGUGUGAAUCUAGAAGAUCAGUGGAGCACACAUAGAACUAUGAACAAUGUGGAUGCUAAAUCGGACAGUUAUUUUAGCCAGCAAAUGACACCUAGGAUUCCAGAUACGCCUACAUUCUCUGUCAAAUCCACAGGUUCAUUGUCUGCAAGACUUCCUUCUCUUCCACCAAUUCCACCAGUUUUCUAUUUGACCACACUCCAGGUGGAACCGCCAAUGGUGUCUUCUUCAGGACAGCAACCUAGAACAGUCAAAACUGUGUGGGACGGCGCCACACCUCCACCUGAAGAUCAGCCAAAUAUGAACAGUGGGUCUACUGAGACAGUCAGUGAGGGGUAUCCCUAUGCCUUUAUAGAUAAUGUAAGAGUCAGUGGACCUUCAUCACCCUCCGCCUUUGAUGAAGCUUAUGAGGACCAAUGGGAGCGCGAGAGCCCCUACUACAGUGUGAAGGAAUGGACAGAGCAUGCUACUACUUAUGACCUAACCUCUGUGACAGACAGCCAAAAGCCAGAGGAGUUGAAAUUUAAUUUCCCGCCUCUCCCAGGUGUCCCGGAUGACCAGGCGUUAAUAAGCACAGACAGAACUGCCAUCUAUGCAGUAGUGAACAGGAAGAACAAAAGCAUCAAAGAAGCCCCUGUUGUACAAGACAUGAUGGUGUUGGAUGAGGACGAGGCACCGCCCAUUCCAGAAAAAAAUAUUUGA